GUGUCAGGGCGAGAUCCUGUGGAGCAGGCAGCUCGUCCCCUUGGACUGAGGGGGGUGGGGUGGGUGUCUCAUCUGGAGGUUCGCUUUGGUCUGCAAGCACUCCAGCAGGCCUGUCCCUCCUCCGGCUCCUCCCCGAUUCCCUCUCCCCCUUCCGACUCCCUGCCCUGUGAGCUCCCGGAGCCCACCCCCUCUUUGGGGCGCCAGGCCCCGCCCCCCGCCCCCUUUUCUCUGCCACAAAGUUUAUUUGCAACAAAAGGGAGCGAGCUGCAGGCAACAGAGAGGAGGCCGCCGGAGCAGGAGCGCGAGGGUUUGCUGGCGGUCGCAGACCCGAGACCGGCCCCUGGGGACCUGCCCGCGAUGCCUCGCGGCGGCCCGGCCAAACGAGGCGCGGGACACCCGGGCCGGUGCUGAGGCAGGAGGGGCCGCGCGCGAUGGAGCCUCUGCCGCCCGCCGCCUCAGAAACCUGAGCCGCGGCGGAUACACCCCUGGCCGGCACCCCCCGCCCCCCGCGCGCUGCGGCUGCAGGACCCGGGCCCCCGGCGCCCGCCGCUGCGCUCCUUCGGGGCGGGAGCGCGGGGGGGGGUUGGCCGCGGCUCCCCGAGGCCAGCCCCCCCGAAGUGAGGGCCGCCGCCAUGGCGGACGGGGCGCCCCGGGCCCCGCUCUACCGCAGCGUGUCGUUUAAACUGCUGGAGCGCUGGAGCGGCGGGCCCGGGCCCGGGCGGCGGGAGGAGGCCGCCGGCACCCCCGGGCUGAGGCGCCGCGCCUCGUGCCGCCCGGCCGCGGCCGCCCAGGGCCAGCCCUCCCGGCGCGUGUCCAAGCUGGCGUCCGGGGCCCCCGCCGCCCCCGCGCAGCCGCGCCCGCUGCGCAGCCUCUCGCCGUCGGUGCGGCAGCUCUCCCGGCGCUUCGACGCGGCCGGCGCCCGGGACGGGGGUGGCUCCCCGGGGCCCGCGGAGGAGGCGGCCGAGGGCGCGGCGCGCGGGGCCUGGCCCAGCGUCACCGAGAUGCGCAAGCUCUUCGGAGGCCCCGGCUGCAGGCGGCCCGGCGGCGACGCGGAGCCCCCGGGCGCCCCCUGCCUCGACGGCGCGGCGUGGGAGGCCCGGCAGCCGCCUCCGCCGCCUCCGCGGACGUGCUUCCCGCUGGCGGGGCUGCGCUCGGCGCGGCCGGGCCCGGGGCCGGAGGGGCGGCGGUGGCGGCGGCAGCAGCAGCAGCAGCCGCCGCCGCCGCCUCAGGAGCGGGCGCAGCGUCCGGCGGAUGGUUUACAUUCUUGGCAUAGCUUCUCCCAACCGCAGGCCGGGGCCCGGGCCUCCUGCUCCUCCUCCUCCUCCGUCGCCUCCUCCUAUCCUGUCUGCCGCAGCGGGGCCGCCAGCUCCAGCGAGGAGGAAGAGGAGGGCCCGCCGCAGCCGUCUGGGCCCCCGCGCAGCCCGGCCCGCCCCGGCGGCCACUCCUCGGGCAGCGACGACGACCCAGACGGCGGCCGCCGCAGGGGAGGGAGGCCGGCGCCCGGGCCCGCGGGCACCCUCCCGGCUCAGGACGGUGGACCGGACAGCUAUGGGUUAACCCUGGGCGGCAUGGACUCGGCUGGGGGACCCCGGAGCCCCGACCCCCCAGCGUCGCCCAGGGCCCCCAGUGAGGAGGGAUGCGGGGAGUGGGGCGCAGGUUCGCCGCCCUGUGUGCCCGCCGCCCAGGAGGGGCUUCGGCCCUCGCCCGACACGGCCGGGGCAGCUUUCCGCGUGGCCAAGGUCAGCUUCCCCGCCUACCUGGCCAGCCCAGCGGGCUCCCGGGGCAGCAGCCGCUACUCCAGCACCGAGACCCUCAAGGACGAGGACCCAUGGGCCAGCCGUGCUUCUGGGGGCUGGGGCGUGUACCGCUCUCCUAGCUUUGGAGCAGGGGAAGGGCUGCUCCUGAGGUCCCAGACUCGAAGCCGAAGCAAGGGACCUGUGGGCAGCACCAGGGCCAUGAGGGAUGGAGGACUGGAGCUGGACAGGAGCCGGCAGCGCAAGUCCCUCUCGAACCCGGACAUCGCCUCCGAGACCCUGACGCUACUCAGUUUCCUGCGCUCAGACCUCUCAGAGCUAAGGGUCCGCAAGACUGGCGGACACCCUGGGGACCCUGCCAGUGGCCCCUUGGGUGACAAAGACUCGCCAUCCGUGGAUGACCCAGUGGAGCCACCUGGGCCCACGCCCUCCCCGCCACCAGCAUCACCUGGCACACGCCCCACCCUCAAGGACCUGACAGCCACUCUGCGCAGGGCGAAGUCGUUCACCUGCUCAGAGAAACCGGGAGUCCGCCGCUGCCUGCCCCGCACCAGUGCCCUGAAGCCCAGCUCCUCCGAGCUCCUGCUGGCCUGCCCCAGCACAGAGGAGGACCCACUGCCCCACGUCGUGCAGGAUCAGUACGUGCAAGAGGCCCGGCAAGUUUUUGAGAAGAUCCAGCGCAUGGGUGCCCAGCAGGACGAUGCAAGCGAUGUGCCUUCUGGGAGCCCCGACUGGGCAGCAGAAGUGACCCCAGGGCCACAGUUCCAGGAGGAGCUCUCGGGCCCAGAGUCCAGCCUGGCAGAUGAGGGCAUUGGGGCUGACUCUGAGCCUCCAGUUUCAGCCUUUUGUGGCCUGGGUCCCUCAGGGGUGUGGCGACCUCUGUCCUCAUCCCCAGCCCAGAACAGCCACCACUGCCCUGUAGCUGAGGACAGUCUGGGUGGGUGGGCCCUGCUGUCGCCUGAGACCCCUCCCACACCGGGCGCCCUUCGUCGGAGACGUAAGGUCCCUCCUUCAGGUCCUGGUGGGACUGACCUGAGCAAUGGGGAGGCUGGGGAGGCCUACAGGUCUCUGAGUGAUCCCAUUCCACAGCGCCACAGGACCACUGCCUCCGAGGAAACCUCUGGGUUCUCUGUGGAUAGCAACCUCCUGGGCUCACUAAGUCCCAAGACAGGGCUUCCAGUGGCCCCUGCUGCGGAUGAGGGCUUGACCAGCGGCCACAGUGACUGGUCUGUGGGCAGUGAAGAGAGCAAGGGCUACCAGGAGGUUAUUCAUAGCAUUGUCCAGGGGCCUGGGGCCUUGGUACGAGUGGUGGAUGACAGAGUUGCUGGCAAAGCCCCCAAGAAGAAAUCUCUAAGUGACCCCAGCCGGCGCGGGGACUUGAACGGACCAGGGUUUGAGGGCCCUGGAGGGGAGCCCAUCCGAGAAGCAGAGCCGCUGCUUCCUCCGUCCAGCAGUGAGCCCAUUCUGGCUGAGCGACAGACUGAGCCAGAAGCACCCUGUCCAGCCAGGGGCCGGGCACAGUCUGAUAGGACCCUGGAGGCCCCAGCUGCCCCCUCUGCUGCCCGCAGUGACUUCCACCUGGAUCCCAAACUGACAGAUGUUUUGUCUCCACGGCUCCUUCGCCGGGGCCCUAAAAAGCGCCCGGCCCGGAGCAGCCACCAGGAGCUGCAGAGAGAGGAGGCCCAUCAGGAACAGGCCCGAAGACUUUCCCGGGUCCGGCCCUCCUCCAAACACGUCCGCCAUGCCAGCGUGCCUGCCACUUUCAUGCCCAUCUUGGUACCCGAUCCACCGACCUCCAUCGGCCCCCCAGUUGCCGUGCCAGAGCCCAUGGGCUUCCCAGCUAGGGGCCACCCCAUGCUGCAGGCGCCAUCGCUUGAGGACGUCACAAAGCGGUACAUGCUGACACUUCACUCGGGUGAGGCCACUGCUCCCGUACCAGUGGACGUGCCCUACUCGACUCCGGCCAUACCACCUUCUGCUGAAGGCAAGCUCCCUGAAGCCACCCGGGCCCCAGAUGAGCCUGCCCCAGCCAGCAAGUGCUGCAGCAAGCCACAAGUGGACAUGCGGAAGCACGUGACCAUGACGCUGCUGGACACAGAGCAGUCCUAUGUGGAGUCGCUGCGCACCCUGAUGCAGGGCUACAUGCAGCCUCUGAAGCAGCCAGAGAACUCCUUGCUGUGUGACCCGUCGCUGGUGGAUGAGAUCUUUGACCAGAUCCCCGAGCUCCUGGAACACCAUGAGCAGUUCCUGGAGCAGGUGCGGCACUGCGUGCAGACCUGGCACUCCCAGCAGAAGGUGGGAGACCUGCUUGUCCAGUCGUUCUCCAAGGAUGUCCUGGUCAACAUCUACUCUGCCUAUAUCGAUAACUUCCUCAACGCAAAAGACGCCGUGCGUGUGGCUAAGGAAGCCAGGCCUGCCUUUCUCAAGUUCCUGGAGCAAAGCAUGCGUGAGAACAAGGAGAAGCAGGCGCUGUCAGACCUCAUGAUCAAACCUGUGCAGCGAAUCCCCCGCUACGAGCUACUGGUGAAGGACCUCCUGAAGCACACGCCCGAGGACCACCCGGACCACCCGCUGCUGCUGGACGCGCAGCGGAACAUCAAGCAGGUGGCCGAACGCAUCAACAAGGGCGUGCGGAGCGCUGAAGAGGCCGAGCGGCAUGCACGUGUGCUGCAGGAGAUUGAGGCGCAUAUCGAGGGCAUGGAAGACCUCCAGGCCCCACUGCGGCGGUUCCUGAGGCAAGAAAUGGUCAUCGAAGCGAAGGCAGUCAGUGGCAAAAAGGACCGAUCCCUCUUCCUGUUCACUGACCUCCUCAUCUGUACCACCCUGAAACGGAAAUCUGGCUCCCUGCGACGCAGCUCUAUGAGUCUGUACACGGCUGCCAGCGUCAUUGAUACAGCCAGCAAGUACAAGCUGCUGUGGAAGCUGCCACUGGAAGAUGCGGACAUCAUCAAAGGGGCAACGCAAGCCACUAACCGGGAAAACAUCCAGAAGGCCAUCAGCCGCUUGGAUGACGACCUGAACACCCUAGGCCAGAUGAGCAAGCUGUCCGAGAGCCUUGGCUUCCCCCACCAGAGCCUGGAUGACGCGCUGCGGGACCUGUCAGCCGCCAUGCAUCGGGACUUAUCAGAGAAGCAGGCGCUGUGCUAUGCACUUUCCUUUCCCCCAACCAAGCUGGAGCUGUGCACCACAAGGCCCGAGGGCACUGACUCCUUCAUCUUUGAGUUUCCCCAUCCUGAUGCCCGUCUAGGCUUUGAGCAGGCUUUCGAUGAAGCCAAGAGGAAGCUGGCAUCCAGCAAGAGCUGUCUCGACCCUGAGUUCCUGAAAGCCAUCCCCAUCAUGAAGACCCGCAGCGGCAUGCAGUUCUCCUGCGCGGCCCCAACGCUCAGCAGCUGCCCUGAGCCCUCACCCGAGGUGUGGGUAUGCAACAGCGAUGGUUACGUGGGCCAGGUGUGCCUGCUGAGCCUGCGCGCUGAGCCUGACGUGGAGGCCUGCAUUGCUGUCUGCUCUGCCCGCAUCCUCUGCAUUGGGGCAGUUCCGGGUCUGCAGCGUCAUUGCCACAGGGAGCAACCCACAUCACUGGGAAACCCCCAGGAGAUCCCUCCAGAACCGGACGUCGAGGCCACUGAAGAGGAAUCAGCAGUGCUGGCAGAGCCGGGGGCCCAACCCUGCCUGCAUAUCUCCAUUGCAGGCUCAGGCCUGGAGAUGGCGCCAGGCCCGGUAGAGGGUGACCCCCGCCCAGAACUGGUGCCCUUUGACAGCGACUCUGACGAUGAGUCUUCGCCCAGCCCUUCAGGGACCCUACAGAGCCAGGCCAGCCGGUCCACCAUCUCCUCUAGCUUUGGCAAUGAGGAAACCCCAAGCUCCAAAGAGGCCACUGCGGAGACCACCAGCUCAGAGGAGGAGCAGGAGCCUGGCUUCCUGCCACUGUCUGGCUCCUUCGGGCCUGGAGGGCCCUGUGGCACCAGCCCGAUGGAUGGGAGAGCCCUGCGCCGCUCCAGCCGCGGCUCCUUCACCCGGGGCAGCCUGGAAGACCUGCUGAGCGUCGACCCUGAGGCCUACCAGAGCUCUGUGUGGCUGGGCACCGAGGACGGCUGUGUCCACGUGUACCAGUCUUCCGACAGCAUCCGGGACCGCAGGAACAGCAUGAAGCUCCAGCAUGCAGCCUCCGUGACCUGCAUCCUUUACCUGAAUAACCAGGUGUUUGUGUCUCUGGCCAAUGGAGAACUUGUGGUCUACCAGAGAGAAGCAGGCCGUUUCUGGGACCCCCAGAACUUCAAGUCAGUUACCCUGGGUGCUCAGGGGAGCCCCAUCACCAAGAUGGUGUCUGUGGGUGGGCGGCUGUGGUGUGGCUGUCAGAACCGAGUCCUUGUCCUGAGCCCAGACACGCUGCAGCUGGAGCACACAUUACACGUGGGGCAGGACUCCAGCCGCAGCGUGGCCUGCAUGGUAGACUCCAGCCUGGGUGUGUGGGUGACGUUGAAAGGCAGCGCCCAUGUGUGUCUCUACCAUCCAGAGACCUUCGAGCAGCUGGCUGAGGUAGACGUCACGCCUCCCGUGCACAGGAUGCUGGCAGGCUCUGACGCCAUCAUCCGGCAGCACAAGGCUGCCUGCCUUCGGAUCACAGCACUGCUGGUCUGUGACGAGCUGCUGUGGGUGGGCACCAGUGCCGGUGUUGUGCUCACGAUGCCCACCUCACCGAGUACCAUCAGCUGCCCUCGAGCACCCCUCAGCCCUGCCGGCCUAGGCCAGGGACACACUGGCCAUGUCCGGUUUCUGGCUGCAGUGCAGCUGCCGGAUGGUUUCAACUUGCUCUGCCCUUCACCACCACUGGCCCCAGACACAGGUCCUGAGAAGCUGCCAUCGCUUGAACUCCAGGAUUCCCCUCGGCACAGAGGCCCUGCCUCGGCCAGGCCGAAAAUGCUGGUUAUCAGUGGCGGCGAUGGCUAUGAGGACUUUCGGCUCAGCAGUGGGGGCGGAGGGAGCAGCGAGACCGUGGGCCGGGACGACAGCACAAACCACCUCCUCCUAUGGAGGGUGUGACCCUGUCCACUCUGGCCCAGGACGUGUCCGCCCACCUGCCCACAGCCUGCUUGCCUCUUCCUAGCCCACAUGCAGACUGUGACCAGGGGUGCCUGACUGAAGCAUCCUCGAUGCUCCCGGCCUGGCAGAAGCAUCCUCAAUGGACAUCUGGCCAGCCGGGCCCAGGCCUCUCCUAACCCUUGGGCUGCCCUGGUCCUCCCAGUGGUGACGGGGGAGGAGGGAGGCAUGCAGGCUGCCCAGGACCUCUGUCCCUGGAGCUUCUACCAAAGACACUGCCAGACCUGGACCCCGUGGGGCUGGGGAGUGCCAUGUGCAAUAUGUGGAGGGCUUUCUGGGGGCAGAUCUUCUCCCGUGUACAGUAUUUAUGUUCCUUUUUAGAUGUGUACCUUCUCAAGCACUUAUUUAUGCCGUGGCCUGGGGCAGGGGGUGAUCUGAGGAAAUGAGGGAGAAAAAGAAAGUCUGUCCCUGCCCCGAGGGCCACCCUGGGACCCUAACCAAGCCUUUCCAGAGGGACCAACCCCCUUACCACAUAUCCGCGACUCACACGCUGCAUACACACACACUGCAUGUUCAGGGCACCAGGUCAGCGCGUCCUCACAUAAGCUGCCACAGCCUCGGCCUGACUGGAUGCUGACUGGAUGCUCUCUAGCAUCCAGAGCCAUGGGCCAAGUCCCUGGUCAUCCAGAACAAGGGGGUGACCUUCUUUGGGGGACCCCUCCCCAGGCCUCUGCAUUCCUGCGCUUGGCAGUGCCUUUCGUGGUUUUCUGAUUUGGGAACGUGAGUGGGGCACUGAGCAGGGUCCUCUCCUGGCCUGAGCAGAGAAUGGGACCCCUGCCAUCCUGGCUGUUGCCCCAGUUGCUUGCUGGGGGACAGACCUUGGUGCCCCCUUACUGACCACUCAGCCCCUCUCUUCACGCUCUCUCCUGCCUGCCAGGGGCACUUCCUCUAGGAAGGCUGCCCGGCACAGAGCGGGCGGAUAUGGCCUCCUCAGCUAGGAAGGUGGCCACGUGAGGGCAGCUUCUCCCGUUGCCCCGUGGCUGGGGGGUCACUCUCUCCCAUGCUUCUGUAGCUGCCACUCCAAAGGUCUGCUUUCAGAUGGGGUUUGUCUGGUUCUGCUUCUGUUCAGGGGGGUGGGGGGAAGGUGGGUCAUUGUGGUCUUCGCCUAUGUUUCUCUUGCUACCAGCCAUGUAUUAUCUUUCCUUGGAUGAUGGAAGUUUAAAGAGUCAAUAAAUAGAAACACCAAA